CACAGAUCAAGUGACAGGGAGUUGCUUACUACGAUGAGCAACUACUAACCAGCCCCAUGAGCACCAACGGGGCCAGUCAACGACGUCAUCUCCCUAUGACGCUCUUGUCGCAUAGUAUAUAGUGCGACCUCCGUGACUCGCUAUUUCUUCUCUCAAUUGCAAUGGCACCUAUCAAAGUCGGAAUCAACGGUUUCGGUCGUAUUGGUCGUAUCGUCUUUAGAAAUGCCCUCGAGAUGGGAAACAUCGAGGUCGUCGCUGUGAACGACCCAUUUAUUGACCUCGAAUAUAUGGUUUAUAUGUUCAAGUUUGACUCUGUGCAUGGCCGUUUCAAGGGAACGGUCGAGGCGAAGGACGGCAAACUCUAUAUCGCUGGAAAGCCUGUCCAUGUGUUCAACGAGAAAGAUCCAGCCACUAUCAAGUGGGGCGCCGUUGGCGCAGAGUAUAUCGUGGAGUCAACGGGAGUGUUCACUCACAAAGCACAGGCCGAACUCCAUCUAAAAGGCGGCGCGAAGAAAGUCAUCAUCUCCGCGCCCUCUGCUGACGCACCCAUGUAUGUCAUCGGGGUCAACGAGGACACGUAUAACCCCGAGGAGAACGUCAUCUCCUGUGCAUCUUGCACCACGAACUGCCUCGCACCCCUUGCAAAAGUCGUGAAUGACAAGUACAAGAUCAUCGAAGGUCUCAUGACGACCGUCCACUCGACAACGGCGACGCAGAAAACCGUAGAUGGGCCGUCUCAUAAAGACUGGCGUGGCGGUCGCAGUGUUAACAAUAAUAUUAUCCCCUCCUCAACUGGGGCCGCCAAGGCUGUGGGGAAGGUCAUCCCUGCGCUGAAUGGGAAAUUGACUGGACUUGCCUUCCGUGUCCCCACUCUCGACGUAUCCGUGGUUGAUCUUGUGGUGCGCACCGAGAAAGCCACAUCAUACGAGGACAUCGUCAAGACGUUCAAAGAAGCCGCCGCUAGCAAGGAAUAUCAAGGCAUCAUAGGUUUCACCGACGAGAUGGUGGUGUCCACCGACUUUGUUGGAAGCACCUAUUCGUCCAUCUUCGACGCCAAGGGCGGGAUCAUGCUGAACCCCAACUUUGUCAAGCUGAUUGCCUGGUAUGACAAUGAGUGGGGAUAUUCUCGUCGCGUGUGCGAUCUUAUUGUGCACGUUGCUGAUGUUGACGCGAAGGCUGGACGGAAGUAACGGACUACUAGCUAUAGGAGUUGAAACGUGUGUAAUACUACUUUGUUGAAUGCGAAUAACUUGUGA